AUGCAGAAAGCCACCUACUACGACAACACAGCAGCUGCGCUCUUCGGAGGCUACUCCUCGUACCCUGGCAGCAAUGGUUUCGGCUACGACGGGCCUCCCCAGCCCCCCUUCCAGGCCGCUACGCACCUGGAGGGUGACUACCAGCGCUCAGCGUGUUCCCUGCAGUCCCUGGGCAAUGCCGCCCCACAUGCCAAGAGCAAGGAGCUCAACGGCAGCUGCAUGAGGCCCGGCCUGGCCCCAGAGCCCCUGCCCGCCCCGCCGGGCUCACCCCCACCCAGCUCAGCACCUACCAGUACCACUAGCAACAGCAAUAACGGGGGAGGGCCCCCCAAAAGCGGCCCCCCCAAGUGCGGUCCCGGCUCCAACUCCACCCUCACCAAACAGAUAUUCCCUUGGAUGAAAGAGUCGAGGCAAACGUCCAAGCUGAAAAACAGCUCCCCCGGCACAGCAGAAGGUUGUGGUGGCGGCGGCGGCGGCGGUGGCAGCGGCGGCGGUAGCAGCGGCGGGGGCGGCAGUGGCGGCGGGGGAGGGGACAAGAGCCCCCCGGGGUCAGCGGCGUCCAAGCGGGCGCGGACGGCGUACACAAGCGCGCAGCUGGUUGAGCUGGAGAAAGAGUUCCACUUCAACCGCUAUUUGUGCCGGCCGCGCCGCGUGGAGAUGGCCAAUCUGCUGAAUCUCAGCGAGCGCCAGAUCAAGAUCUGGUUCCAGAACCGCCGCAUGAAAUACAAGAAAGACCAGAAGGCCAAAGGGCUGGCCUCUUCGUCCGGGGGUCCCUCUCCGGCCGGCAGCCCCCCGCAACCCAUGCAGUCCACGGCCGGCUUCAUGAACGCCUUACAUUCUAUGACUCCCAGCUAUGACAGCCCGUCCCCACCAGCCUUCGGUAAAGGCCACCAGAAUGCCUACGCGCUGCCCUCCAACUACCAGCCCCCUCUCAAGGGUUGCGGUGCCCCACAGAAGUACCCCCCGACCCCGGCGCCCGAGUACGAGCCCCACGUCCUCCAAGCCAACGGGGGCGCCUACGGGACGCCCACCAUGCAGGGCAGCCCGGUGUAUGUGGGCGGGGGUGGCUACGCGGAUCCGUUGCCGCCCCCUGCCGGCCCCUCCCUCUAUGGCCUCAAUCACCUUUCCCACCACCCCUCGGGGAACCUGGACUACAACGGGACGCCCCCUAUGGCCCCCAGCCAGCAUCACGGACCCUGUGAUCCUCACCCCACCUACACAGACCUCUCCUCUCACCACGCGCCUCAGGGUAGAAUUCAAGAAGCACCCAAAUUGACACACCUGUGA